AUGGGCACCUCCGGGUUAAAGUGGACUGUGCAUGACAGCAGACUGAGUAACAGGAGCAUCGACGUUGAUUUUGGCUAUCCAUUCAGGUUACAACAAGUGCAUUUCAAGGCUCCACUAUGUGAGACAAAGAGGGAGGAAAUUCUCUUCCUGGACGGCGACUUUUCCUCAGCUGCUCAGUUUUUUGUCACCGUGGGCGUGAUCACGUUCCUCUACUCUCUACUGGCAACUGUGGUCUACAUCUUCUACCAGAACAAAUACUUGAAGAACAACCGAGGCCCGCUUGUGGACUUUGCGGUGACAGUGAUCUUCUCCAUCAUAUGGCUCAUCAGCAGUUGUUGUUGGGCCAAAGCGCUCUCUGAUAUCAAGAUGGCUACGAGGCCUACCAAAGUGCUGCUGCUCAUCCCUGCCUGCUCAGUUCGGGAGAACAAAUGCACAGCUGCCCAGGGAGCUCACUGGUCUCGUCUCAACAUGUCGGUGAUUUUUGGUUUUGUCAACGUCAUCCUUUGGGCUGGAAACAUUUGGUUUGUCUUUAAAGAGACGGGCUGGUACAAGAUGGGGCAGAGGUAUCCCACCAGGAGCGCUUCUGGGAAACGUGAAAUGCGUCAGCGGCUCUACAGCGAGAGCAGCUUUGACCUUCCAGAGGAAAAUGUUGGUCCUCAGCCGUCCAGAGAGAACAGCUUCAACCAGACAAAAGGAGAUUUGGGGAUGCAGGUGUCCCGCCAAGGCAGCUUCAACCAAUCACAAGUGAGCUAUGGCCUUCCGCAAACCAAUCUUGGGAAGCCAGUCAUUUAUGACAGUAAAGGAGGGGCCCUGUGA